AUGGUAAUACACGUCUUUAUGUUGGUCGCUUGUCUUCAAGAACACGUACACGUGAUCUAGAGAGCCUCUUCAGCAGAUACGGGAGGUUUCUGGGCUUUUGCCUAACCUGGAGGUCUAUGGUGGGAGGGUGGAAUUGGUGGAAAUUCAUGAAGAGUGUAUAGGAGACUUUGGCGAUUCUUUCUCUAAUGUUAUUGCGUGUUUUUAUGGAUAUGGCAACAAUCUCAAACUGGUGUUUAGUUCGUCUGUGAGGGGUGAAGUAUCAUUCUCUUCCAGUACUUAAGUAAUGAUGGCCUUACUGUUUCUGGCACCAUUUCCGCAGAGUACGAGAUGUGGAUAUGAAGCACGACUUCGCCUUUGUUGAAUUCAGUGAUCCCCGAGAUGCUGAUGAUGCAAGAUAUAACUUAAAUGGACGAGAUUUUGAUGGAAGUCGUAUCAUUGUGGAAUUUGCCAAAGGGGGACCCCGUGGUGGAUCAGGUGGUUCUCGAGAAUAUCUAGGUCGAGGUCCUCCGCCUGGGUCUGGACGCUGCUUUAAUUGUGGCAUUGAUGGCCACUGGGCUCGAGAUUGCAAAGCUGGAGACUGGAAGAAUAAGUGUUAUCGGUGUGGAGAUAGAGGUCAUAUUGAAAGAAACUGCCAGAACAGUCCCAGGAAGCUCAGCCGACAUGGACGGAGUUACUCACGAUCUCCAGUUAGAUCUCGCCGUGGCAGGAGCCGGAGCCGAAGUUAUAGCCCAAGUCGCAGUUACAGCCGAUCGAGAUCUCCUCCAAAGAGAGAUCGAAGCAUUGAGCAAGACAAGAGGUCAGGGAGCCCUCGGUGCAGGAGCCCUGAGCCAAAGAGGAGGAGUACACCUACAUCCAAACCAAGGAAGCGCAGCCCAACACCUGAAGACAGCAGGCCUCAAGAAAGAAUCAGUCCUAAUGUUUAUAAAAGAGAACAGCCAGAGUACAGCCAAAGCCCCAGGGAGAAGAGCAGAAGCCCUGUUAGUUCUGAAAGGGAUAGCCCUGUGGCGAGGAGGUACCGAAGCCCUUCUGAUGCUAAUGGGCGAAGUCGCAGCCAGAGUCCGAGGGAUGAGAGGAGUCCUGUAGAUGAAGAUGAAGAUAAUAACAGUCGCUCCCCAAGAGGUAGUGAAUCCCCUUGAAUGCAUUGGGGGGCUUGAAUUGGAGUCGGUGUGUGGACAUGUAUUGCAGCUGCAAGACCAUAAAUUUACGGUUUGUUUUGUUAACUUUAUCAUAAGGACUCCAAAACUGUUAGAAACUUUUUUUUUUUUUUAAAUGUUUAUGAUUGAACUUUUUUGAGAGAUGAUAUCUGGGAACUUUACAGAAUAUAAAAUGAGUAUUGUAGUCUG